GAAGUUUCUAAACGUCUUGGUGCUGAAUCUUCAAAGAGUGCUGUAUAUCGUCGUCAUCACAAACAAGAAUCUACUAUCAAAGAUUCUGAGUGGACCGAUUCCGAAAAUGUCGAAGAAAGGUCGCGUAGUGUAGCUGAAACAUCGAAAAGAAAAAAGGAUAAUUUUAGAUCACUAUAUAUCACG